AUGUCGUACGAAAAGGACAACAUUGAUGUGGAAAAGUUUGCUUCACCAUCAGAAGUUGUGCAAGAAGGGUACAGGCUUCAACAACACUUGAAGGCCCGUCAUGUUAGUAUGAUUGCCAUUGGUGGUGCCUUGGGUACCGGUUUGCUAAUUGGUUCAGGGUCUGCGUUAAGUUCUUCAGGUCCUGCUCCUUUGUUCAUUGGUUAUACUUUUAUUGGGUUCAUUAUCUACAUUGUUAUGUGCUGUCUAGGUGAAAUGGCUACUUACAUUCCAUUACCUGAUGGGUUCUCUGGUUAUGCUUCAAGGUAUUGUGAUCCUGCUUUAGGUUUUGCUGUUGGUUAUUCAUACUUGUUUAAAUAUUUGAUUGUCACUCCAAAUCAAAUCACGGCAGGUGCCUUGGUGUUGCAGUAUUGGGUUAGUAGAGAUAAAGUGAAUCCUGGUGUCUGGAUUACUAUAUUUAUCAUUGUCAUAUUGCUGAUUAAUAUCUUUGGUGUCAAGAUCUUUGGUGAAUUUGAAUUCUGGUUGUCUUGUUUAAAGGUUCUUAUUGUCUUGGGUUUGAUCAUCUUGUUAUUCAUCAUCAUGUUAGGAGGUGGUCCAAAUCAUGAUAGAUUAGGAUUCAGAUAUUGGAAAGACCCAGGUGCUUUCAAACCUUACAAAGGUAUUGAAAGCGUCUCCAAAGGUAAAUUUGUUUCUUUUGUGAAUGUUUUGGUCACUGCAGUUUUUGCUUAUUCUGGUACUGAAUUGGUUGGUAUUACAGUUGCUGAAGCUGAAAACCCAAGAAAGAGUAUUCCAAAAGCCAUCAAGUUAACAUUUUACCGUAUUGUCGUCUUUUACAUUUGCUCUGUUUUGUUAUUAGGAAUGUGUGUUCCAUACAAUGAUCCAUUAUUAAUCAGUGCUACCAAAGCCAAAACUUCAGCCAAUGCUUCACCAUUUGUUGUUGCUAUCAAGAAUGCACACAUCAAAGGGUUAGAUCAUUUGAUUAAUGCUUGUAUUUUGAUCUUUAUUUUCAGUGCUUCAAACUCAGAUUUAUACAUUGGUUCAAGAACAUUAUAUGGUUUAGCUUGUAACGGUGCUGCACCAAAGAUUUUCGCUAAGACCAACAAGUACGGUAUUCCAUACUAUGCUCUAGCUGUGUGUACUGCGUUCUGUGCUUUGGCAUAUAUGUCAGUUUCAUCAUCAUCUCAAGAAGUUUUUGGUCAUUUCGUUAAUGUCGUUAGUAUCUUUGGGUUGUUAACCUGGAUUACCAUCUUGAUUACCUACAUUUAUUUCUCAAGGGCAUUCAAGGCUCAAGGUAUCUCAAAGAGUACAUUUGCCUACACUGCUCCAAUGCAAUCAUGGGCACCAUAUUUGGCUUUGGCUUUAUGUAUCAUUGUUGCAUUCAUCAAGAAUUUCACUGUUUUCAUCAAUGGAUUCAACUAUAAGACUUUUAUCACUGGUUAUAUCGGUUUACCUGUCUAUGUGAUUGCCUACUUUGGUUACAAAAUCAUUAAAAAAUCAAAGAUUCGUAGACCAGAAGAUGUUGAUUUAUACACAUUGAAACAUUAUAUUGAUGAAGAAGAAGAAUUAGGAAAGAUCAAAGAUGCUGAAAGAAAAGAACAAAUGAAGAAUGGUAGAAAAGAUGCUACCUGGUUUUACGAAAAACUACUUGGUUGGUUGUUCUGAGGAAAUGCGUUUUAGAUAUUGUGCUUUGUUGUUUAUUGAUUAAUUAUUAAUUUUGUUAUACUCGCUUUUUAGAAACUUUGUAGAUGCGCCUAUCAGACCAGAUUUCUCACACGACUGACAAUUGACAUCAUGCAAGGGGAUUCAUGUACCCUUCUUUUCAAUUCGGUUAUUGUACAAUGUUCACACUAGUGUACAUGAUGGCUGCCAUUUUUCACGGGUAAAAAUAUUUCGCGACUAAUAUUUCUGAGCUUAUGUGUGGACGAAAUUGAGUUGUAGUUUUAUAUCCUAUUGCAAAUUGCUGGAAACUCUCAAAAGAGACUAGCAUUACCAAUAGUUAUAGAAUGUCAUCAUGCUUGACCCUACUAGUGUCCGUGUGGUAAUUUUCAAAG